GCCUUGGCGAAGUUACUUGCCAUGCCCAGAGUGCGCCUUGCAGAGAAAACCUGGCCUAGCCAUGCCAAUCUACGGAUCCUCGGGGAUCUCCGGCGCCCGCAUGCAUCGGAGCAAUGUUGCCUGUUUGCCUUUCUACUCGAAGUGGGCGCAGCAAGCACGUGCUCCAGUGGUCCCACGGCACAGUGAACAGCAGGGAUUGAACUUGGACCAUCAAGCAGAAAAGGUUCCAAACAUCCGAAAGAUUAAUUCCAUCGUGAACGCUGCCUUGGACAUUUCUGAAUCUUCGCAGAGUGCUGACGCUCCGCCGCGGCAGAAGGAGACCUUCAACAAGACCCUGGAACGCUUUAGCGGCGAGAUGACUGCGGAAUGGUCUUCAAGCCUACGUGGAGCCAAUGCGCGGUAUCAAGGAGAUCAUUUGAAGCCACAUGCCCUGUGCCACAUGAACGACUGCGGGCCAGUAUCGUUGUGGAUCAGGGCAGAAUAGUUUGCGAGCGCAGUGUCGACGAGCAGAUCCUGGCAAAUGUCAGACAGUGCUUGCUUUCAAAGAGUAAACCAUUGCUUGCACGUUGAGAGGGGCUCCUCGGCUACUUCUCCCGUAGAAAGCCCGCGCGAGCCUCACACUAUCGAGCGCCCCUUGAAACACGAGAGGGGAAUUCCAUGUACUUAUAUAGUUCGCCUGUGAAUUCGUCGAACCCAAGCUCUGUGGUCUUUCCACUUGCUGAUGAACACAGCGCCGUCUCCUUCAGCAUGAUCCUGAUGGCUGAUGGCCGCUGUGUCACCACAUAAACUUUCUCCACCUCCCUGAGGAUGAGAUGGGUGUUGA